AUGGCGGAUACUUCCUCAAGUACAAAGGUUACCGAACUAUUUGAGGCCACGAUUGUUGAUGGGAAUUCUACCACCAACAGCCCAUCCUCGAACGAUAUGAAUAACGUCUCGAAGGAAGAUGAACUCCGGCGACGACUGGACAAUCUACCACGAGAACUGCAUGACAUGAUCCAGGACUUCACCUUUAUAGCCCAUAAGGCUUUGGUAGGUCCAAAGGUCUGCGAGAUACAAGAUCCAGCUUCCCGCGCGGACUACUUCGCGGAUCUGAAAAUCCUUCAGCUGAACAGUUCCACGCGGGAACGUUACGCCGUGGACUUCUACUGUCUACGAACCUUCUCGAGCAGGAAGUUUGAUCUUAAGCGUCUCGAGAAGUGCCUGCGUUCGAUACCUGAGGCUUACAGGGCCUUCGUAUCCAGCAUUAUCUGUCAUUGCCCAGACUACGGGCUUAUAGCGCAGCAGGCUGGUUGGAGGCCAAGAUGA